AGAGCAGCAGAGCUACUACUACCGCUCCUCCUGCUAGCUUACUACUAGUACCGCCUCGGCUCCAUCAUCCACCCCAACGGUCCAGGCACGGCAAGGGACGACGACCACGAUUCCUCUUGAUUCCAUCCCUUCCCAUCCCGUCCCGUCGCGGCCAUGGAUCUCCUCUCAUUUCGCCAUGUGCUGCUGCACAUUACUAUCAUCUCAUCACUGCUCCUCUGCUUCCACUCUCCAUCCUCUUGCCUCGCCAUUGCAACCGCAAGUGGAACUGAUCAUGGUGAUGCUCACCGGGGCCGCCCUUCUCUCACAAGGCAGGCUUCCAUCUUGCUCUCCGUAAAGGACGCCUUCUCUUCACCGGUUCCGCCGCCGCUGCACAGCUGGAGCCUCGCCAGCUACCCCUCGCUCUGCUCCUCCUGGGCUGGCGUCGCCUGCGCCCCCGACAACCGCACCGUCGUCUCCCUCGACAUCUCCACCUACAACGUCUCCGGGGCUCUCUCGCCGGCCAUCGGCGACCUCGUUCACCUCCAGUUCCUCUCCGUGGCAGCCAACUCCCUGGCCGGCGAACUGCCGCCCACCAUCGCCACCCUCCGCAACGUGCGCCACCUCAACCUCUCCAACAACCAGUUCAACGGCAGCUUGGCCGCCCUCAACUUCUCCGCGAUGGCCAGCCUCCAGGUGCUCGAUCUCUACGACAACGACCUCACCGGCCCGCUCCCGGAUGCCUUGGCGGGCCUCCCUGACCUCCGCCACCUCGACCUCGGCGGCAACUUCUUCUCCGGCAACAUCCCGCCCAGCUUCGGCCGCUUCGCAUCCAUCGAGUUCCUCUCCGUCGCCGGCAACAGCCUCGGCGGGGCCAUCCCGCCUGAGCUCGGCAACCUCACCACGCUGCGCCAGCUCUUCCUCGGCUACUUCAACCAGUUCGACGGAGGCAUCCCUGCGGAGCUCGGCAGGCUCACCAACCUCAUCCACCUCGACCUCGCCAGCUGUGGCCUGCAGGGGCCGAUCCCCUCGUCGCUCGGCGGCCUCACCAGGCUGGACACGCUGUACCUCCAGACCAACCAGCUCAACGGCACCCUCCCGCCGUCACUCGGCAACCUCACCGGCCUCAGGUUCCUCGACGUCUCAAACAAUGCGCUCACGGGGGAGAUCCCUCCCGAGCUCGCCGCGCUCAGGGACCUCAAGCUGUUCAACAUGUUCAUCAACCGCUUCCGCGGUGGCAUCCCAGACUUCGUCGCCGAGCUCGAGUCCCUGCAGGUCCUCAAGCUGUGGCAAAACAACUUCACCGGGGCCAUCCCCGCGGCGCUCGGGCGCGUCGCGCCCCUCAGGGAGGUGGACAUGUCCACGAACCGGCUGACAGGGGAGGUGCCGCGCUGGCUGUGCGCGCGUGGCGAGCUGGAGAUCCUCAUCCUCCUCGACAACUUCCUGUUCGGGCCGGUGCCGGAGGGGCUCGGCGCGUGCCCGACUCUGACGCGGGUGCGCCUCGGGCAGAACUACCUCAGCGGGCCGCUCCCGCGCGGCUUCCUCUACCUGCCGGCGCUCACCACAGUGGAGCUGCAGAGUAACUACCUCACGGGCCGCUUGGAGGAGGACGAGGUCAGCGUCCCCGCGAAGCUGUCGUUGCUCAACCUGUCGAGCAACCGGUUCAAGGGAUCUCUCCCCGCGUCCAUCGGCAACUUCUCCUCGCUGCAGACGCUCCUCCUCAGCGGGAACCAGUUCGACGGCGAGAUUCCGCCGCAGGUCGGGCGGCUGAAGCGGCUGCUCAAACUGGACCUGAGCGGCAACAACCUCACCGGCGCGGUGCCCGGCGAAGUCGGCGAGUGCACGUCGCUGACGUACCUGGACCUGAGCGCCAACCAGCUCUCCGGCGCUAUACCCGUGCGGCUGGUGCAGAUCAAGAUACUCAACUACCUGAACGUGUCGUGGAACAUGCUCAACGGCAGCAUCCCGCGUGAGCUCGGCGGCAUGAAGAGCCUGACCGCCGCCGACUUCUCACACAACGACUUGUCCGGGCGCGUGCCGGAGAACGGGCAGUUCGCCUACUUCAACGCGUCGUCGUUCGCCGGCAACCCGCGGCUGCUGUUGAACAGCAAUAGUAGUCCGACGCCCGGGGCGCAGCUCUGGCCGGACGGCGGCGGCGUGAUGGAUGGGGGGAAGAAGCAAGCCGUCGGCGGGAGGCUGAAGCUGCUGGCUGCGCUGGGUCUUCUGGCGUGCUCCGUGGUGUUCGCGGUUGCGGCGGUGGCGACGACGCGUUCGGCGAUGCUGCGGCGGCGGCUGUCGGCGUCUAGCCGGUGGCGGAUGACAGCGUUCCAGAAGGUGUCGUUCGGGUGCGAGGACGUGGUGCGGUGCGUGAAGGAGAACUGCGUGGUGGGGCGCGGCGGGGCCGGGGUGGUGUACCGCGGGACGAUGCCUGGCGGGGAGUGCGUGGCGGUGAAGCGGAUCGUGGCGGUGGGGGACGGUGGGUUUCAGGCGGAGGUGGAGACGCUGGGGCGGAUCCGGCACCGGCACAUCGUGCGGCUGCUGGCCUUCUGCUCGAGCGCGGAGGCGAAGCUGCUGGUGUACGAGUACAUGGUGAACGGGAGCCUGGGGGAGAUGCUGCAUGGUGGUGGCGGGAAAGGGCAGCAGGAGAUGCUGACGUGGUCGAUGAGGCUGCGCGUGGCGACGGAGGCGGCCAAGGGGCUGUGCUACCUGCACCACGACUGCUCGCCGGCGAUCCUGCACCGCGACGUCAAGUCCAACAACAUCCUGCUGGACGCGCGUUUGGAGGCCCACGUCGCCGACUUCGGGCUUGCCAAGUUCCUCCGCGGCAACGGCGCAUCCGAGUGCAUGUCCGCCAUCGCCGGCUCCUACGGCUACAUCGCACCAGAGUACGCGUACACGCUGAAGGUGGACGAGAAGAGCGAUGUGUACAGCUUCGGAGUGGUUCUGCUCGAGUUGAUAACGGGGCAGAGGCCGGUGGGGGAGCACCUCGGCGAGGACGGGGUGGACCUGGUGCAGUGGACGCGCGCCCGGAGCUCGAGCAAGGAGGAAGGGGUGCUCGGGGUGUUGGACCCGCGGCUGGGCGGCGACGUGCCGGUGGGGGAGGCGGCACAGGUGCUGUUCGUGGCCAUGCUGUGCGUGCAGGAGCUCAGCGUGGAGCGCCCCACCAUGCGCGAGGUCGUCCAGAUGCUCCAGCAGGCCAAGCACCACCAUCCAGUCCUAGCAGCUGCGGAGGACGACGACGACGACGACGCCGGCAUGCAUGCUCAAUAGCGACCCAUCGACCGAGCUGUCGGACUGACGCAUGCACGCACGCCCCUCGAGGCUCGAGGUUAAUAUAUACUCCUACGUACAUGGAUCAACUUGGCACCGACCUACUACUGAAUACUGAUCGAUCACGGCAAUCAUCCAUGCUCGCAGUCGCAGCCUACACAGAGCAGGCUCUGUAUGACUCGUUCGUACGCAUGCAGAGCACGGGCCACCUAGCUGCUCCUGCCAGUCGUGGUCGUCUCUGCCUAGCUAGCUUGUCUGCAAUGCAAAGGACUGCAGGGGUACGUCGCGUCGUGUCUCGGUGCUGGAGGCGGUGUAGAUUGAUUGUUCCUUUCGUCUCCAUCGGUGCGUUUCGUCGUCGGGCGUACCCUGCCAAUGAUACGCAUGCAGUGUGUUCUUGUGUCUCUUUGCUUCCCUGCAUAUAUAUGCUCUUAUGGAGUGUUUGG